AUGACCUUGACCUUUAACCUCUAUGUCAUUUUGUUUGAUCAAGGUCGAUGUCCACUUGACGCUGACAACAGUUUGGUCACAAGUUGUGAAGGGUUAACGAAAUAUGGGUCAUUUCUUUACGUGGAUUUCAAUCAAAUAAAUCGUCCAUGUACAUGCAUAGUGACCACGAUGUUUGUUGGUGAAUUGCUUGUGAUAGCUUGGGAAGUAGAUGUACCAGUAUGCAAUACGCAAAUUGCCAUUGACAAAAAGUUUAUUAUGGGUUGCCCAUUACAAUACUUUUCAUCUCUGAUGUUAGACGUCCAAAUGAAUCAAUCAGUGGAUGUAAGAGCAGAAUACAAAUUACCAUCUACACCAGGGACAUUCUAUCAUUGUAUAAGAUUUCAACAAAACGCCGGAUUAAAUGGUAAUCUUAGUGUCGCAUGUGGACGUCCCCUUAAUGCAGUGUCAACAACAACAAAAACCACAAUAACAACAACUUUAACAACUUCUUCAUGGUUAUCGAGACAAUCUUCUAUGGUUUCGGAACCGACAUCUUCAUUAAUCCACAAUGAUGUUAAUGUCACCGAGACCACUUCUAUGUCAAAAGAAUGUAUAUGUGGUCACAAAGAUGACGUUUCUGGUGAGUCACUUUUAUCCUUACAAAUCCCUUUGGCUGUAUUUGUGGUAAUUUCUAUUGUUUCAACAAUAAUGAAUAUAUACUUCUAUAUUCACAUCAAAUUGAGGGAAAAUUCUGGAUCAAAAACAUCGAAUAUAAUAAAACACCUUCGAACUGGAGCUGAAACAACGGCUGAAACCUACACAGAAUUUGGAAAUACGGUAUCGGAAAAUCAGUACGAUUCCCUCUCAGGCAAAGAUAACUAUAUAAACAUCAAUGUUUAA